AGUUUCCGAUUUUUUCCGUAUAAUGGCUACUAAGAUGGAUGCGGCUGCGAUUAACGCAGCUGCCGUGACCAGGGAUUAUACUAUCAAUCCUCGUGUUGAGUAUCAGACUAUCACUGGUGUUGAGGGUCCUUUGGUCAUCCUUGAUAACGUGAAGUUCCCCCAGUACAAUGAGAUUGUCAAUCUUACUUUGGCUGAUGGUUCAACCAGGCAGGGGCAGAUCUUGGAAGUUAACGGUUCUAAGGCCGUCGUUCAGGUCUUCGAGGGUACUAGUGGUGUGGAUAACAAGAACUGCUACAUUGAGCUUACGGGUGAUACCCUUAAGAUGCCUAUGUCCGAUGAGAUCAUGGGUCGUUCCUUCAACGGUUCCGGUCAGCCCAUCGAUAAGGGUCCUCAAGUCUUGGCUGAGGAGUACCUGCCUAUCAAUGGUUCCCCCAUUAACCCCAAGUCUCGUCAGUACCCUAAGGAGAUGAUUCAGACUGGUCUCUCUGCCUUGGAUACCAUGAACUCCGUGGUCCGUGGCCAGAAGCUACCUUUGUUCUCUGCUGCCGGUCUUCCUCAUAAUGAGAUCGCCGCCCAGGUGUGCCGUCAGGCUCAGCUUGUCCAAGGUAAGGAUAUCCAUGAUCACUCCAAGGAGAAUUUCUCUAUCAUUUUCGGAGCUAUGGGUGCCAAUAUGGAAACUGCCCGAUUCUUCCGUAAUGAUUUCGAGGAGAACGGUUCUAUGGAGAAUGUGGUCUUGUUCAUGAACUUGGCUAACGAUCCCACCAUUGAGCGUAUUGUCACUCCUCGUUUCGUGCUUACUGCUGCUGAGUACUUUGCCUACGAGCGUGAGCAGCAUGUCUUCGUCAUCUUGACUGAUAUGUCCUCUUAUGCUGAUGCUCUUCGUGAGGUCUCUGCUGCUCGUGAGGAAGUCCCCGGUCGUCGUGGUUACCCCGGUUACAUGUAUACCGAUCUCGCUACCAUCUACGAGCGUGCUGGUCGUGUUGAGGGCCGUAACGGUUCCAUCACUCAGUUCCCCAUCCUGACCAUGCCUAACGAUGAUAUUACUCAUCCUAUCCCUGAUCUUACCGGUUAUAUUACUGAGGGUCAGGUCUUCGUCGAUAGAUCUCUGCAUAACAGACAGGUGUAUCCCCCGAUUAACGUCUUGCCCUCUCUGUCACGUUUGAUGAAGUCCGGUAUUGGUCGUGGUAUGACUCGUGAGGAUCAUCCUAGUGUAUCCGAUCAGCUCUAUGCUAACUACGCCGUUGGUGUCGAUACUCGUGCCAUGAAGGCUGUCGUUGGUGAGGAGGCUCUUAGUGAGGAGGAUCACUUGUACUUGGAGUUCCUUGAUAAGUUCGAGUCCAAGUUCUUGAGCCAGGGUCCCUAUGAGAACCGUGAUAUCUUCCAGUCAUUGGAUAUCGCUUGGGAGCUUCUUCGUCUCUUCCCUGAGAGUAUGCUUAAGAAGGUGCCCCAGAAGGUCAAGGAUAAGUACUACCCUCGUGAUCGUGAGGCUCAGAAGGCCACUCAGGAGUCCAAGUAA